AUGUCCUUGGAGAUUGACAUUUUCCUGUCAUGUAGAAUGGCAGGUUUUGUACACAACACAAGUAACUCAAAAGGCCAAGAAAUACCAUGAUGGUUUUCUGCAGCUUGAAGUUCACGGAUCCCUAGGGAGGCAGGUCACACUGUAUGAUGCUAGUAGGAAAAUCUUGGUGAAUAAAUUUCUUAGGAGAGAUGAAGUGCUGGGAACUGGAAAAUCUCUGGUGUUCGAUUCUCACUUGGUUGAUAUUGGGGAGCAUGUGGUAAAAGAAAAGGGGCCAAUGGGUUUGAAUGAUCGUGAAACAUGUCGCGCUGCCGGAGAAAUGAGGACAGGCCGUGAGGAGGUGGAUGGUGCUAAAGUUGAUCAAUCAAUCCUGGGAGUACCCUGGCAUAAACAUGGAGACAAAACUUCGGGGAAGGUUCAUCCAGUGAGAGAUUCGGAUUCAAACAGUGGAAUAUCUGGUAUGAAAAGGACAGAUUGCAUCAGGAGAGUUUCCGAGACCAAGCCUCUACGUGAUGCCUGUCAAAUACUAUCUGUACUCCGAAAACCAUUAGAUCAAGUUGCCAUUGCUGAAAAUUCAAAUGAAAGGAAGGCAACUUUUGCUUCCCUAACGAAGGAGCUUCAGGAUCUGGAUAAGUUUUGUGAUGGAGCUCAAAGACAAAGAGCACCAGCUGCUGAGCUGGCUUCGGUAGAGAAUGUGGACACUGGAAAUCUGACUGAUACUACCAACAAUGAAAAGUUACCUGGUCUAAUGAAGUCUAAAGAAUUAGCCUCUGAAUUCAAUGAAUCUUACUUGAUGGGCGACUUUGCAAUUGGCAACUCACAGCCUUCUCAUGGGCAAGCUGACCCCAAGUGCUGCCGCGAUAAUCUUGUUUCUGAAGCAUCGCUUUCACAUGGUUCUCACAGCGAUGCUAGUGAUAAAAGAAUGGACCCUGAAGGAUAUAGAGAUCCAUUGGAAGUGAAGGCUGAGUGUCCCAGUUUUGAUCUUGGAUUUUGAACCAUAUCCAUUGCUCAAUCA